AUGACUUCUUGGAAGGCUAUUGAUGGCCCUGGUUGGCAUGAGCAUGCAAAAACUCCCGUCGUUGAUGGCAAGUACGUUGACCGUGAGACCGGGGAGAUAAGGACGGCCGAGCCUCAUAGCGCAGAGUACUUGGGACCUCCUGCUGUGGAUAUCAUAAUACAAGCCAUACACGCUGAUGUUACCCAGUGCGUGUAUCGAGCAUCUCGGCAGUACCCCAUGGAGGCUCUAUUGCACAAUAUCAUGAGGGUCGUCAAGGAAAGGAACUUGGAGGUUGAUUCCAUCAUGGCAACAACAUAUGCUAUUCGGAUAACACUGGCUGGUAAUGUUACGACGGUUGACAUGUUCUCGGCCGUUGCUGAUGAGAUGUCGAAUGGUGUUUUUGACUUAAAGGAGUAA